AAACAAAUAGCUUGCAACAUGAACAUAUUCUUCUAUAAAUACAUAAUUAACCAAUCUGAUUAUUUCCAAACACCAGCAAACUCCUCCGCUUCAAGAGGGAUAGAAAGAAAGAAGAAGUUAGUCGAAGAUGUUUUACUAUGUGAUUAUUCUCCCCUUAGCUCUAUUUCUCUUGGCUUACAAAUUCAUCUUCACAUCCAAAACGCGGCGUUUCAACCUCCCUCCUUCCCCACCUUACUCUCUCCCCAUCCUCGGCCACCACCACCUCCUCAAACCGCCGGUGCACCGUCUCUUCCACCGCCUCUCCAAAACCCACGGCCCAAUCUUCUCCCUCCGAUUCGGCUCCCGCCGCGCCGUCGUGAUCUCCUCCUCCUCACUAGCUACAGAAUGCUUCACGGGCCAAAAUGACGUCGUUUUAUCAAACCGGCCUUGUUUCCUCACCGCAAAAUACGUCGCUUACAACUACACAACCAUCGGAACCGCUCCUUACGGCGACCACUGGCGCAACCUCCGCAAAAUCUGCUCCCUCGAAAUCCUUUCCUCCAACCGUCUCGCCAACUUCCUCCACAUCCGUAAAGACGAAAUCCGCCGCAUGCUCACGAGACUCUCACGUGACAAAGAGGUCGAGCUCGAGCCUCUCUUGUCCGAUCUAACGUUCAACAACAUAGUAAGGAUGGUUACGGGGAAGAGAUACUACGGAGACCAAGUCCACAACGAGGAAGAAGCGAAUGUUUUCAAGAAACUCGUCGCGGAAGUUAACGAUUGUAGCGGCGCGAGGCAUCCCGGAGAUUACUUGCCUUUCCUGAAGAUAUUCGGAGGGAGCUUUGAGAAGAAAGUGAAAGCUGUUGCAGAAGCCAUGGAUGAGAUAUUGCAGCGUUUGCUCGACGAGUGUAGGAGUGACAAAGACGGUAACACAAUGGUUAACCAUUUGCUCUCUCUGCAACAACAAGAACCAGAGUAUUACACUGACGUCACCAUCAAAGGCCUAAUGCUGGAAAUGAUGAUAGCGGGAACAGAUACAUCGGCCGUGACGCUAGAGUGGGCGAUGGCGUGUUUGCUAAAUCAUCCAGAGACAUUGGAAAACGCGAGAUUAGAGAUCGACGAGAAAAUCGGACAAGAACGUUUGAUCGACGAACCAGACCUCGCGAACCUGCCUUACCUCCAAAACAUUGUGUCGGAGACAUUCCGGCUAUAUCCGGCGGCGCCGAUCCUGGUGCCAAGAUCGCCUUCGGAGGAUAUCAAAGUCGGAGGAUACGACGUGCCACGUGGCACAAUGGUGAUGGUGAACGCGUGGGCGAUACACAGAGAUCCUGGUCUGUGGAAGGAACCGGAGAAGUUUAAACCGGAGAGGUUUAGCGGCGGAGAAGGAAGAGAAGACCUUCAUAAGCUGAUGCCGUUUGGGAAUGGACGGAGAUCGUGUCCCGGCGCCGCAUUAGGACAGAGGAUGGUGACGUUGGCGUUAGGGUCGUUGAUUCAGUGUUUCGAUUGGGAAAAAGUUAACGGCGAAGCUAUCGAUAUGACGGAGACUCCGGGGAUGGCGAUGCGUAAGAAAGUGCCUUUACGGGCCUUGUGUCAUUCUCGGCCCAUUAUGAAUAAGCUAUAAACCCAUUUAUGAAACAUUAAUUAACAAUGGGCAAAUUUUAUUUGAAAAAUUGGUGGAGCAAUUUGUAUUGAACAAACUCUCAAAAACAAUGGAAAAGUUACAUCUACAAUGA